AUUUAUUACCAGUUUUUCGUAGGAAUAAUUCUAUUUCCUGUAGUAUUUUCGUUUAUAUUGCGUUUCGAAAACAAGCAGGAUCAAACAGCAAAAUGGGGAAAGGUUACCAUAAUUAUAUGUCAAAAAAGUUCUUUCAUCCUGAUAGUGCAGAAAAUAUUAAAAAAGUAUGGAUGGCCCGAGAAAAAGAUAAGUAUGAUCGAAAAAAAGAAGAGGAUAGUAUAAAUCAGUAUAAACGUGAACAAGAACUAAUUGAGCAUCGAGUUUUACUGGGAGACGAAAAAGCCAAAUUAGGUCUAUCCUUUAUGUACGAUGCUCCACCAGGCUUGAAAAAGGAAGAAGAAGAACUGGAACCUCAAAAAGAAUAUAAAUUCGAAUGGCAAAGAAAAUAUAACGCUCCAAGAGAAGCUUUCGCUAAAAAUGAUGAAACUAUUCUCGAUCAACCAUUUGGUAUAGAAGUCAGAAAUGUUCGUUGCAUAAAAUGUCACCAAUGGGGUCAUAUGAAUACGGAUAACCUAUGUCCAUUCUUUAAGAAAAAUCUUACUGCUGAACCACCUCAACCUGGAAAAGAAGAGCAAGAAGAGAAAAAGGAAGAAAACGAUGAAGAAUUUCAAAGAAAAUUAAUAAUGAAGCCAGACAAAAGAGAUUUGAUGCCUAAAAAGGAAAAUGAAAAAUUAGAAUUCGAAGACGACGAUACAAAUGCAUUUUUAAGAACUUUGACCGAUAAGCAAAAGAAGAAACUGCUGAAAAAAUUAGAAAAACGUAGUAAGAAGGAGAAAAAGAAGAAGAAACAUAAACACCGUCAUAGAGAUUAA